CCUCUCGCGUCGCCAUCGUCACUCGCUUCAAGCAUUUUCUUACUUAUCACUCACCUACUCCGUGCCUCUUCGCGCCUCUAUUGAAUUGACUUUUGUACUUCACCUAGCCUCGUGUCUUUCUUUCCACCUCACCUUUUCCUCACAAUGUCCCUAAUCUACUUUCCCCUUCUCUAAGCCUCAAGACUGUAUGUCUGCUACCUUGGAAUUCCCAGCCUUGGUUUGAACGCCACAUUCUUUGCCCCAGAAAACCCCACCAGCCGCCAUGCAGUGACAGCAACAGUGUGACUUCUUCUUCUGUCAGUUCGUGUCGCGACCUCGACUUGCUGCCUUCAGGAACUGCAGUCAUUCCCUGCCCAUCAUCAUAUGGCAGGACCGAUUCUUCAUUCCGAUGGCUUCAGGUCAAGGCGUCGCUGGCUCAUCAUCCUGACCUCUUUUGCCUUCAUUGGCCUGGUCGUGUCCUUUGUCACCCACUAUCGUCAAAACUACUAUGGCCAGCUCUCCUUCCCUUCUCCAGACAGCCACACUGGCUAUUCCACAGAUCUUCAGGUCAAGGACUUUGUCAAACCUGCUGGUAUCAAGAUCAUUGGUUUCAUCUUUUUCGGCCGGAGGAGUCGCGUCGAGAUCCUGCGAUGUUUCUUAGAGCGCAAUCUGGUCGACAACGGUGGCUGGCUCGACGAAAUCCACUGGGUCCGGAACACCGCCCGGAAAUCUGAUAUCGCCUAUCUCAACGAAAUAUUGGCUUCGUCGCCCCGAUAUAAAGCCAUCGAACUCAAAGGUGUCGGCUACGAGGGCUAUGGUCAUGCCUGGGCCAAAUUGGAGCCGGGAAAUCUCUAUAUCAAGAUCGACGACGACGUUGUGUGGUUUGCCGAUGACACCAUCCCACGCAUCGUAACCAUGAAGAUGCAACACCCCGAAUAUCUGACCGUCAGCGCCAACGUGGUCAAUUCUCCCUUGAUGGGCUGGGUUCAUCACCACAUGGGAGCUAGCCGGCCCUAUUUACCCGAGUUCGACGUCUACGAGCCGCCGUUGAUAGAUUCGCUCCCCAAGCUCAACGCACGAAAGCCGUGGCAGUACACCAAGUAUCCACUCUGGUCCGGACCCAAGGAUUACUUCUUCGACUCAUUUCAAGACCCCCCCUACGACGGUCAUCGCUGGCUACGUCUGCACAAUGACUCGGACAUCCACCGCACUCCCAUUGUUGACAUCCAAUAUGACACCUGGGGCACUGGUCUCAAAUCAUGGGCCAUUGCCGCACAGGAACAUUAUUCCUUCCUUGAGAACUUGGCGGAAGACCGACUCGACGCGUACAAGAUGGGCAAGGCCUGGAUCACUGAUUAUCGCCGCCUGAGCAUCAACUUCAUAGUGGUCAUGGCCGACGACAUCCUCGACAACCUACCAAUGGACACGGUCGAUGAGGAGUGGAUCACUGUGAAUCUGCCCAAGAGACUGGGUAGAAGUGUCGCCGUGGACACCGAUGCCCUUGCUGUUCAUUUUACAUUUGGCACCCAAGGCAAAACCGAGAAAACCGAUCUUCUGCCUCGAUAUCACGACUAUGCUCUGGAAAAUGCAUGCGCUAGAAGAGUUUGAAAUCACUUCAUUCCCGCCACUGCAUUACGCCUUGCUGGCAAGAGUCUAAUCUCAUACACAACUCCAAGAAGUUCCGUGACCUUUAGAGUCGAAUUUGAAAGGCUCAAACAGUAACAUCGAGGGAGUUCAUAGGUUCUGCGGAAAGACCUUGGCACGAAAUCACCGAGCUUCCGAUUUCCUAAAGAUUGACGGCCUCAGCAAAUCGAACAGACGAUAGAUCCUUCGGCCUAGAGAACGCCAAAUACAAGUUAAAGGUUUCACCAUAACUGCGCCUCUCGAGUGGAGCAUAGUUAUAUCAAAAAUGUCUAGCUGUUUCGAGAAUUGGCCUUGGCAUCUACCUUGAUCCGAAAGAGGAAUGCUCCGUACAUCAGCCACAUUGUGUGCCCACAGAGCCAGCUAAAGGGUGUUUGCAUUUUCAUAUCACAUCCUCGCGACGAAAAUUCUCCGACCUCUCGUCUGCUAUUUGCACAGCCACUGUGAACCGAAAGAUGUGUCAUUGCGAUAAGCGGACGCGAAGGAUCGAUGGAAAGCGCCGUAUAGACAGUCAGCCCGCCUGAACUCUCAAGUGAAACAUGAAGCCUUUUAUUAGCAUCAUGAGGAAGGGAUUUCUCUUCUAUCUGCAAGUGAGAGUUGGUGACUUGGCUACUAUGAGAAUCUCAGCUGGUUGUAAUGCCCUACUUAGACUUCUGAC